AUGACCAAAAUUAUCACGUUUGUGACUGGCAAUAAGAACAAGCUGCGCGAAGUGCAAAAUAUCCUGGGCGCAUCACCGAAUGCGUCCUGGAGUUUGGAGUCCAAGUCGCUGGAUGGUGCAAGGCUCCACGCAAGAGGUAGCUCUAGCCAAGUGUCGAUCCGCCGCGCAACAGUUACAGGGUCCCUGUCUCACUGA